AUGCCGCCUCCACAGCAGCAAUCGCAGCCACAAACUCAGACGCAGACGCAGCCACCAUCACUGCUACCACUGUCGUCGUGCAGUGAUCAGAACAAUGAAGGAACUAGAUCUAUGAGGAGGAGAGGCAAAGCAAAUGUUACUGAUGAGUCACCUAAUCCUGGCCAGUCUGAGGAACAAGGUACAGGUAGAAUGGAAGAUUGGAAUUCAUAUCCUUUAAAAGGUGAACAUUUUCAUGUUAGGUGUUGUGCUCAUAUCUUGAACUUGGUGGUGAAUAAUGAUUUGAAGGAUAUGCAUUCUUCAAUUAGUAAAAUUAGAAAUGCUGUUAGAUAUGUCCGUGCUUCUCCUAGUCGUAUGGAUAGUGCUUUAAAAUUCCAAAAGGCCUUCAAGAGAUUAAGUGAGAGGGAUGCUGAGUUUAUAAUGAUGCAAGGGGGCAUUCCAAAGAAUAAAAAUUGGGAUAAUGCAAGAUGUUUUGUGAGUUCUUUGAAGACUUGUGCUGAUAGUAAUGACAUAUUACUUAAGGGUAUGGCUACAAAAAUGAAGGCUAAGCAUGAUAAAUAUUGGGGUAACUUGAGGAACAUAAAUAUGAUGAUUUUUGUUGCUGUGGUACUUGACCCUAGAUACAAGAUUAAGUUUGUUGAGUGGAGUUUUCAAAGGUUGUUUGAGAAGGAGGAUGUUGAUUUCUUAUGUGGUAAGGUGAAGGAAGUAUUCAAUGACUUCUUUAACAGCCAUAGGGUUGCUCUCAAUAGUGAUCAAGUACACCAAUCUGCACAACAUAGCCAAGAUGUGGAUAUGGAUGAUAGUGCCUUUGAUGAUGUUUGCUUUGCGGCAGCAUUUGAAAGUGAUGUACAAGCAAUGAGCUCUAACAAUUAUAAAUAUCCUGUUCUAAAUCAAAUUGCGAGGGAUAUUCUAGCUAUGCCGGUGUCAACGGUUGCUUCUAAAUCCGCCUUUAGCACUGGAGGUAGAGUGCUUAAUCAAUAUAGGAGCUCUCUUACUCCAAAAACUGUUGAAGCUUUGAUUUGUGCACAUAAUUGGUUUCGAGCCAAUUCAUUGCCAAUUGACCUUGAGGAGCCUUUUGAAGAAUUUUAA